GAAUCAAUUUGUCUUUCAUCCUAUUUUGUAUUAUGGAAGUAAAGCAACUCCAAGUCUCCAACCCGAUAUCGUUUUGGCAAGUAGUUUGCACAAUGUUGUAUGGAUGUGGAUAGAGUUAAAUGAAAACUGAAACUUUAGGGAGUAUAUUUUGAUAUGUUAAAGUUCGGGGGGGGGGGGGGGAAAUAGGAUUAUUUCGAAAUCGAAGGGCCGUUGUUUUGUGUUUCUCUCCUCUUGGUUUGCUCCUCCCUCGUUGGUCGGAGAAUGUUCAGAUACUCCUCCGUUCAUCGGAAGCUUUCCCCAGAAGGAUGAGGAAGUGCAUGAUCGAGCUCUUCCGGUUUCAUGCUCACCCAACAAAGACGGCUUCAAAGUAUCACAUUUUCCGCUGCUCGAGCGCCACUAAAUCGGCUUCACGUUCACAGCCCAAUAAGGCGCAGCGAGCCCAGCUGAAGAGUCGAGCAGAAGGCAGCAGCUUCGCCGCCCUCUUCAAUGAGAUAGCGGAGAUCUUAGGAACUGAGAACUUCGGUCCCACGUCGGAGGUCGAUAUUUCCGUCACCGAAGCGGCAAAGUCGAAAAUUGCUGCAGAAAGAGAGAACUUGAGUUCUUGCGGACGACCUGUUUGUGAAAAUGUCCUGGAGGAUGAAUUUGAAACCGCCGGCGGUGCUGACGUCAGUACUACAGUCCGUGAGAUUACGGCGAUUGUCCGUUCGGGAAGUGGGUCGGUGCCGAUGGAGGAGAGGCUGGAGAGCUCAGGACUCCUGUUCGAACCUCGUGCUGUGGAGAUGGUUCUGAAGAGGUGCUUUAAAGUGCCUCAUUUGGCGAUGAGAUUCUUCGACUGGGUCAAGCUCAGGGAUGAGUUCUCCCACACGACUGAGACGUACAACACGAUGCUGUACAUCGCAGGGGAAGCGAAGGAGUUCGCAUUCGUAGAGAAGCUGGUGGAAGAAAUGGAGGCGAGCUCGUGCCAGAAGAAUCUCAAGACCUGGACUAUCCUUAUCUCGCACUAUGGGAGGGCGAAGUUGAUCGGAAAAGCACUUCUGGUUUUUGAGAAGAUGAGGCAUUCUGGGUUCAAACCUGACUUUGCUGUAUAUUCGGAGAUUUUACGGGCCCUAUGUGUUGCCCGGAAUGCUGAUGUUGCGAUGGAAUUUUACAAGGAGAUGGUGCUCAAGGAGAUGAACCCCAGUUUGGGCUUGUAUAAGACGCUUCUUAACUGCAUAGCAAUCACAGGAGAUGCCGAUGCUGUCCAUUUGAUUGCUGAUGAUAUGGUCAGGUUUUUGCAGAUUCCAGAGAACACUGUCUACGGGCUUGUGCUGAAGAGCUUCUGUAUAUCAGGGAAGAUUACCGAAGCUCUGGAGAUGAUCCGUAUCAUCAAGAAUAGGGGUCUAUCGUUUGGGCCCGAGCAGUACGGCACCUUGGUCAAAGGGCUGUGCAGGGCAGGUAGGGUUGAGGAUGCUCUGGAAAUUCUUGAUAUAAUGAAAAGAAGAAAUCUCACGGAUGGUGAUAUCUAUGGCAUGAUUGUCAAUGGGUAUUUGCAGAAGAAGGAUGUUUCUCGGGCUCUUGAUCUGUUUCAAAACAUGAAAGAAAACGGGCAUGUGCCUAGCAGAUCUACAUAUACUGCUUUGAUUCAGACUCUCUUACAAUCAAAAGAGUAUGAGAAAGGGAGGGAGUUGUUUGAUGAAAUGCUGGAGAGAGGAGUCGAGCCCGACUCUGUGGCAUUCAUGGCCAUUGUUGCAGGUCAUGUUUCUCAUGACAAUGUAUCUGAAGCGUGGAGGAUGUUUAAGGUUAUGGAGGAAAAGGGCAUCAAGCCAACUCACAAAUUUUACUCUGUAUUCAUCAACGAGCUCUGCAAAAAGGCAAGAAACAAUGAGAUCAUCAAGGUCUUGAAUGAAAUGCGAGCUUCUAAGGUGGUCAUUGGAAACAAAGUUUUCCAGAGAGUGAUUUGUCACUUGGAAAAGAAGGGCGAGAUGGAAACUCUAGAGAAAGUACGAAAAUUGCAGGAAGCCGAUAAACUGUCAUUCCAGGACGCCGAAGAACUUCAUACAUUGAGCAAAGGGGAACAUUUUACAGAGUCGAGCUUCUCUCAACCCCAUCUAAGGUUAACUGGCUCCGACUCAGCAGCUGCAUCUUCACCUGCCUACAGUGAAGACGAUGUUAAAGAAGUGAGUAAGAUUUUGAUGUCGUCUUCAGAUUGGAGCUUGAUUCAAGAAGCCUUGGAGAAACUCUCAAUGAAAUUUACUCCCUCGUCCGUUCUUGCAGUCCUGCAUGACUGUAAAAUCCAUGGCCACACGGCAUUGAACUUUUUCAAUUGGGUGGGAAAGCAAGAAGGUUAUAGCCACACCACAGAAACGUAUAACAUGGCUAUUAAGAUUGCGGGCUGCGGUAAGAGUUUCAGGCACAUGAGAAGCCUUUUUUACGAGAUGAAAAGAAAUCGUAUCUUGAUAACACCACACACAUGGACGAUCAUGAUCAUGGUGUAUGGGCGAACUGGUCUAACAGAGGUCGCCUUGAAAGUGUUCAAUGAGAUGGAAUCGAGUGGCUACCAGCCGACCAGAAGCACUUACAAAUACUUAAUUGUGUCCCUCUGUGGGAGAAAGGGCAGGAAGGUGGACAGGGCCGUGAAAUUGUUCCACGAGAUGGUCAAGAGAGAUUAUGUCCCAGACAAAGAGUUGAUCGAAACAUAUGUCAGUUGUUUAUGUGCCACUGAUAGAUUAUUAGAUGCUACAAGGUGUGUCGAGUACCUCGGUAAAGUUGGGUUUACAACUGAACUUAGGUACGCACUGUAUGUGAGAGCUCUGUGUCGAAAUGGGAAGUUGGAAGAAGCUCAGAAACUAAUGAACGAGAUUGGGGCGGAUCGAGAGAAAUUGAAUACUUAUGUGUACGGAAGCAUUGUUCAUGGAUUGCUUCGGAAAGGACAGUUCAAGGAGGCACUGGAUAAGGUGGAAGAAAUGAAACGAGUCGGUAUAAAUCCAACCGUCCAUGUUUAUACAUCCUUGAUCAAUCAUUUCUUUAAGGAGAAGCAGAUCGAAAAAGCAGUGGAGAUUCUUGAUAAAAUGCAGAUGGAGGGAUGUGAACCAACUGUUGUCACUUAUUCUGCAGUAAUACGAGGUUACAUGAAUGCCAAGAAGGUCGAUCAAGCUCAGGCUGUCUUCACUAAAAUGAGAGACAAAGGGCCUUUCCCUGAUUUUAGGACUUAUUCAAUUUUCAUCGAUUGUUUAUGCAAGGCUGGCAGGUCAGAAGCAGCUUUGAAGCUUAUGUCAGAGAUGUUUGAUAGAGGGAUUGCGCCUAGCAGUGUCAAUUUCCGUACCGUAUUUUUCGGGUUGAACAGGGAAGGGAAGCGAGGAUUAGCUCAAACUGUCUUGCAACAGAAGAAAGCUUUAGUGAGACGACGACAAUUUGUAACAUGAGAUGUACAUUUUUUAUUUUCAAAGUAAAAUAUUGAAUGCUGGAUAAA